UUGAAUAUAUUCAUAAAAAAAUGGAUCCAUUAGAAGAUUUCACAUCCCCCGUUUCAUCCGCUAUCGCAUUUUUAAUGGAUUUAGCCAAACAUCGAAAGAAACAUACAUUCGUAAAUAUUAUGGAAUUUAUUACGGCGGUUUUAAUUAAUUAUCAAAAUGCUUCACCGGAAAAUAAAAAUCCUCGAUCAAAAGAUGGGGCACUUAAAAUGAUUGGAU